CAACCAAGGAUCCGGAUCCCUGUGUUGUUGUAAUCCGACUAUUCAGUUUGAAUUAGUUUCUUAUUUAGUCCUGGAGAAGUAAAACUAAACAGGAAUAUCUAACAACCACGAGUCUUUUCUGCUUCUGCCUGAGGUUCCUCCAGAGUGGUGGAGAUGAACUCUGCACAUGUCGGAGUGGUCAGAGACUCAAUGACCAACAAUCCACUUAUAAUGAAGCCUAAACUUGGGAAGAUCAAAUCCAGAGGAUUGUUCUGUCCCGGACCAGACUUUGUUUACGGUGCAGUGACCACCUUUCAAGAUGGUGGAGCAGCAGAGGCCCUUUCCAACUGGCACACUCCUUCACUGUCCAUGUCCAAGUCUGCACAGUACAGGAAGGCAGAGCGGGACUUUGUGGCACUGAAUCGUGAAGGCGUAAAGUCUGGCCUGGUCACAGCUAAAGAACUGCAUCAGUACCGCGCCACUCACGAUAUCAGACGCCCGGUCGCUUCCAAAACCUUCAAGUCUGCUCCAGUACAAUUACCACAGGACAUCACAUUCGGCCUACCUACACGGCCUUCCACUCCAAUAUCAGAGCUGUUGAAGUUUAAGUAUGGCCAGAGGUGGCUAGAGGAGCAACAGGCCAAAGACAAAGAACUGCUGGAGCACCAGACUAAGAAGGUUCAGCUUCAGAGGAUCCAGGACACUCGUACCACCCUUCUCCGUAAGAGUCGCCCUCUGGAGGAACCACCAUCCAUGUGGAAACUGCCCCGUUUCCAGCAGAUUGGACCAGCUCUGGACACCUUCCGCGAUCCUGAAGCACGAAAGAAGGCCAUGGCUGCACACUACAUGGACUCGAUAGCCAGACGAGGACUGCUGGGACAGGGCACUUAUAAUGUGGACUAACAGGCAGAUUACUAUCCCUAUAAUCUCCUAGUUUAUCCUUCAGAUCAGUUUUUUUUUUUUUUGGUCUUACAGUCUGGACAUGGAGAGAGUGGUAG